GUCCAGGUUGGGUAUAAGUAUGUUGACCCUUUCCCUGCUCUUGUCAUCCCCAUCCUCAUCCCAUCAACCGGUGCACUUGCUUUUCCACCAUGUCACAAUCCACCUCUGUGAGAUUAAAUAAAGAGCUUUUAUACUCGAUAGAGAGUCCACAGGAUCCAACUUCGAUCUCGUCUAGCGAGAAUGAUAAUGUUGACAAGCGUCCGUCAUCUGAAUUUACCUCUCGAGCGAUGCUAAUACUCAUCAGCUGUUUCUUCGUGACUUUUUGCUCAGUCGGAUUUGUCAACGCAUUUGGUGUAUUUCAAGAAUACUAUGAGCAAGCGUUACUAUCCAACAGAUCUGCCUCCGAUAUCUCAUGGCUCGGCUCCGUUAACAUAUUCUGUAUGUUCGGUUGCACAUCCAUCGCCGGUAUUCUCACCGAUAAAUAUGGACCUAGGUUUCCUCUCUGCUUUGGCAGCUUGGUCAUGGUUUUCGCCCUCAUGAUGAUGUCUCUCUCUACCCAAUACUACCAACUUUUCCUCACUCAAGCCGUCUUAUUCGGGGUCGGAAUAUCGUUCGUCAUUCUCCCAGCCAUGGCCACGGUUUCAUACUACUAUGCUGCCUCGCGAAGUCUGGCAAUGGGCAUCACAGUCGCUGGAUCCUCCUUAGGUGGUGUCAUCUGGCCCAUCGCUCUUCACCGUCUCCUCUCUGAAGUCAAGUUCGGAUGGACCAUCCGCAUCGCAGCUUUCAUGAUGAUUCCCUUACUAGGCCUAGGCUGUUUGAUGAUGGAUCGCCCUAGAGAAUUUGCUAACCGUCCCAAACCGAAAGCGGAUUUCUCCAUCGUGAAGAAUCCUGUCAUCAUCUUUCUCUCCAUAGGACUGUUCCUGGUGUUUCUCGGACUCUUUUCUCCGCUCUUUUACAUCCCGUCUUACAUGGUCUCGCUUGGAAAAGAUGCCAAUCUGGCAUUUUAUAUGGUGUCAAUCGUCAAUGCCGCGAGUUUGUUCGGCCGUGUUCUCCCUGGCCUGCUUGCCGAUAAGACUGGGAACUACAACGUCCUCUUUCUAGUGACGGUGUUUUCUGGGUUGGUUGCCUGCUGUUGGACAAAAGCAACAAGUGUCGGAGGCAUCGUCGUGUUUUCACUGGCGUACGGCUUGGCAUCUGGGUCUGCAGUCACCUUGCGCGGCUCAGAUCGUCCAAAAGAACAAUUUGGAUUGGCUAUGGGAGCUGUCAUGACUUUUUUGUCUAUCUCGGGCCUCAUUGGUACACCGAUCAGUGGGCAAGUUCUAAGCCCCUACGGGUAUCUCGGCCUGUCACUCUUUUCUGGACUGGCGAUGUUGCUGGGCUCAGUCUUCAUUUUGAUCGCUAGACUGAAAAUCAAGACGGGACUACUGGUAAAGGUUUAG